CUUAAUUUGUCUCACUUAGCUACAGUACACUCCAUUGCCUAGUGUUAUUUCAACAAGCUUUCUUCAGUCAUACCUACAAUUUUCUGUGUCUGUAAACUAAAAGCGCUCACGGUUCAAGCUCAUCCAUUUCUCUCAUGGCUUUUACUUCAUCAUUACCAUCUUCUUCUUCUACCCCUAGGUGGGCACACGAUGUGUUUCUUAGUUUCAAAGGUGAGAGCACUUAUUUUACAGAAGAUCUAUAUUCUGGUUUGAAACAAAAGGGUAUAUCCACUUUUAGGGUUGAUGAAAAACUCAAGCAAGGAGCAAUCAAUACUUCAGAACUCUUGAAAGCAAUAGAAGAAUCAAGAGUUGCUAUCGUUAUUUUCUCAAAAGACUAUGCCUCUUCGAAGUGGUGCUUGAUUGAACUAGCAAAAAUUGUUGAGUGCAUGGAGAAGAUGGGGUUGGUAGUUCUGCCAGUUUUCCACUAUGUAGAUCCUAAUGACGUGCGUCAUCAGAGGGGGACUUUUGCAAAUGCCUUUGCAAAACAUGAAGAGCACCUCCAAGAUAACAUAGGGAAUGUGCAAACAUGGAAAGCUGCUUUGACAAAAAUUGGUGAUCUCACUGGAUGGGAUUUAAAGGAAAAGCAUGACUCAAUAGUUAUCCAUGAAAUUCUCAUAAAGAUAUUUAGUGAGUUGAAUCGUGAAUUUCCAAGUGUUUGCGAGGAACUUGUUGGAAUAGACUCCCGCGUGAAGGAAGUGUUGGAUUUAUAUUUAGGUGAAGGGCUGGGUGAUGUUCGUUUUGUUGGGAUUUGUGGGAUGGGUGGAAUGGGCAAAACAACUCUUGCAAAAGAAAUUUAUAAAAGAAUUUCUGGUAAUUUUGAAGCUAGCAGCUGUAUUGAAAAUGUUAAAGAAAAAACUAAAAAUCAAGGUCUAGUUUUUUUACAAAAGCAGCUUCUAUCUACGAUCCUCGUGGAAAGCGAAAUAGAUAUAUGGAAUUUUUAUGAGGGAAUCAAUGUUAUGGGGACUAUACUACAUAAUAAAAAGGUUUUGAUUGUCCUUGAUGAUGUGGAUGGAGAUGAACAACUAAAAGCAUUAGCUGGGAGGCAUGAUUGGUUUGGUCUAGGGAGUAGAAUCAUUGUAACUAGUAGAGAUAGCCAUUUGUUGAGAAGAUGUGGUGUGAAUUAUAUAUAUACAAUUAAGGGGUUGAAUAAAGAUGAUGCCUUGCAACUUUUUAGUUGGAGAGCUUUUAAGAAACCUCGUCCUGAAGAAAACUUUAUUGAUUUGUCUAAGAAAUUUAUGCGUUACGCCAAAGGCCUUCCUUUAGCUCUUAAAGUUUUAGGUUCUUCUUUGUUUGAUGAAGAGAUUAAUGAAUGGGAAAAUGUCUUACAAAAACUAAAAGCAGAACCUGAUGAAAACAUUUUGAAUAUACUUCAAAUAAGUUAUAAUGGGCUGACGGACACGCAACAAAAAUUGUUUUUAGAUAUUGCAUGUUUUUUCAAAGGAGAGAGCAAUGAUUGCAUUAGAGAUAUACUAAAAGGUUUUGGUUACUAUCCGGACUACAAUAUUGGUGUUCUUAUGGAAAAAUCUCUCAUAACUGUUGAUGACGAUAGAAAUUUUUGGAUGCAUGAUUUGCUACAAAAAAUGGGUCAAGAAAUUGUUCUUCGUGAAUCCCCUGAAGAGCCUGGUGGGCGUAGUAGGUUGUGGCUCUAUGAGGAUGUUCAUCAUGUAUUGAAUAAUAAUACUGGAACAGAGGUAGUUGAAGGCAUAGCCCUAAUAAUACCUAUUCAUAAAGAGGAACAAUUGAAUGCUGAAGCAUUCUCAAAGAUGAAAAAUUUGAGAUUUCUUAAAAUUGGGAAAGCAUUCUCAGACGUGCAACCUCCAGAAGACCUCAUUAGAUGUAAUAUGCAACUUCCGCAUGGUCUCAAUUAUCUUUCUAAUGAGUUACAUGUUAUAAAUUGGCAUGGAUAUCCUUUAAAUUACAUCCCAACUAGUUUUCAACCAAACAAACUUGUUGAAUUGAGAAUGGUUUGCAGUGGCAUUAGACAAUUAUGGAAAGGGAUUUUGAUUUUAGAUGAGUUAAAACUCAUUGACCUAAGUGAGUCUCAAAACUUGAUUGAGACCCCAGACCUCAGUGGAGCCCCAAAUCUUAAGCAUUUGAUUCUUCGAGGAUGUACAAGAUUGUCGUAUAUCCAUGCAUCUCUUGGAAAUCUCAAACAACUUAUUCAAUUGGACCUGAAUGGUUGCAAAUGUCUCAAAAGACUUCCAAACAAGAUUGGCUUGGAUGCUCUUGAAAUUUUUGAUCUUGGUGGUUGUUCAAGAUUGAAGAAGUUUCCAGAGAUUGUGGGAAAUAUGUCACGUUUGUUGAAACUUUAUUUGAAUGAUACUUCUAUAAAAGAUCUACCAAUAUCUAUGGAGCAUUUAACUAGCCUUGUUAGAUUGAAUUUAAGAGACUGCAAAAACCUUUCAAUUCUUCCUAUUGCUUGUUGUAGCUUGACGUCUCUUAAAUCUCUCAUUUUAUCUGGCUGCUCAAAACUGGAUGAAUUGCCAAAGAUCUUGGGAAAUGUUGAAGGCUUGGAGGAGCUAGGUUUGGGUGGAACUGCUAUAACAAGGUUACCUUCAUCCAUUGGUCACUUAAAAAAUCUUAGAGCAGUAUCUUUCAAAGGAUGUGAAUGGCUAUCACCUAAAUCUUCAAAUAAAGUUCUUAGUUUUCCUUUAAUGCCAAGAAGAAGUCCAAAUCCCAUGAGAAUGUUAGUCCAUAGUUUAGCAGGCUUGUGCUCUUUGACUAAACUGGAUCUUAGUUACUGCAAUCUUCAAACAAUUCCUGAUGUUCUUAGCAACUUGUCGUCUUUAUUAAAAUUAAGUCUAAUAGGAAAUAAUUUUGCUUACCUUCCUAAAAGUAUCACUCAACUAUCUAGUCUGGAAGAACUUUAUUUGUGUGGUUGCACUGGUCUUCGAUCAUUGCCAGAACUUCCAUUAAAUAUUAAGCAUAUUUAUGCAAUGGAGUGUACCUCACUGGAAACAUUAUCAUUAAGACCAGAAGAUGAUUUUCGGCCGGAUAUUCGUCUUACCAAUUGUGUCAAAUUGAUUGACAAUCAAGGCUAUGGUGAUUUGUUGUUAACAAUGCUAUCGCGUUAUAUCACUCAGAGAAACUGUAAUCCAAAGCUGUGGACAUAUGGUUUCGAGAUGCCUGGAGGUGAAAUUCCAAAAUGGUUUAGCCACCAAAAUGUGGGGCCUUCAUUGAAACUGCAAGUACCUUCAGAUUUAUUAUGUGACAAAUUGAUAGGAAUCGCCGUGUGUGUUGCUUAUGUAUUUCGCCAGCAUCAUCCACUUGACAAACUUGAAAUUGAAUAUAUGGGAUUUUUUAAAUUUACGCAUAAGCUUUGGUGUUCUGUUAUAGCCAACGAAUAUCAAUAUACCACACGGGGCAUUUCUUUAACCGAAGAGUUUGGUAAUGUUGAAUCAAAUCACCUUUGGCUAGAAUAUUAUCCCUUCCAAUAUUUCGGAGAGGAUUGGAUAGAAGAAUUGAAUCAAGUUGAUGCUAAUGGAUUCAGCCAUAUUCUGGUUGGAUUUCAAUCUACCAGUCCAGGCAUGGAGUUUACGAAAUGCGGGGCCCGUUUGGUAUAUGAGCAAGACAUUGAAGAUCUCAAACAAAUGGCUCGGGGCAACAACUGCAACAUCACUCCUUAUGAGGAUGACUUAGAUAAUUUAGCAGAAGAUACCAAAGUUAAGCGAAGCCGUGAUGAAUCUGAUAGGGAUGGGGCUGGACCUAGUGGACAAGGCACAUCUAAUGACACAGACAUACCUGAUCCAAAGAGGAUACAACUCCCUAAUCUAAUUGAAAGAUUCGUUCCGCGUUUGGGAAAUUGGUUUGGGAAUUUAAGCACACAUGAACAAGGUAACUCUGAUUGCCAGCAAGAGGAAUCCCCGUGA